AGUAGCAUUAUAGUUUCGUUUUAGUCCCUUUCAUCGCCGUCGCUGUUCGAUUUGAAAAUUCAACGCUCUCCGGAGAUAUAUCUCACACGCAUUAUCAAAUGGAGACGGAACUUUACUGUUUGAAAUGGAACAAUCAUCAUUCAAACAUCUUAGAUUCCUUUGGAAAUCUUUUGAGUGAUGAAGCCUUAUGCGAUGUUACUAUAGCUUGUGAGGGUUUAAGUUUAAAAGCCCACAAAUUAGUGUUAUCUGCUUCCAGUACAUUUUUUCAUAAUCUUUUUUUACAAAACCCAUGUACUCAUCCAAUAAUUAUUAUUCCAGAUCUAAAAUUUAUUGAUAUGAAAGCCUUAAUUGAUUUUAUGUACCAUGGACAAGUUAGUGUGGCAGAAAGCCAACUUUCCACUAUUUUAAAGGCUGCUGAAACUUUGAAAAUUAAAGGUUUGGGUGAGCAUUCAGUGAACUCAUCACCUACUACAUCAAAAAUUAAUCCACAGCUUCCAAAAAGUACCAAAAGUAAUUUUUUACAAGAUUCUGAAAAUUGCUCUGAAGUAAGCCAGUUUAAAAAUGAGCCAAGAUUUCCCAUUGGUAAUAAUGCAUUUCCUGAGGAAUCUAGAAUGUCAUGUAAUAUUACUGCAGAACAAAAUGCUCCCUGUGACAGUGCGGCAGUCAGUAAACCUAGUGAUACAGCAAGUGAACAAAAUAAUCAACUAGAUACUGUUGAUGCCCAGUCAGAUAUUAUGCCUUCUAAAUUGAUGGAACAAAGUAUGGUCACUGAAGGGGUAUUUCAAGAAAAGUCAUUCAUGGAAAAUCAGAUUGCAUCAUCCGAUCCUGAUGAAGACAAUGAAAGUGUUACUUAUGAUAGUGUUCGUAUAAAUCUGCCUGAAAAUAUGCUACAUUCUGAACUACAUAGUUCUAAUCCUUUCAAUCAAAGUUUUCAUUCUCUUCUCAAAGAUUCAAAUGUUUGUGCUGAUAAUCAAUUAACUGGAGAGAUGACAGAAAGUGCAUUUAAUGAUGAAGGUUUGUUGCCUGAAGAAAAGUGUAAUAUUAUGAUUCAGAGGGCUAGUUCUACAAUACCUGGAAAUCUUUCUGAUACACAGAGAUCUGUCUUUCCAGGUCCAAAACGAGGUCGAAAGCCUGGAAGUCGUUUGUGUGUACUUUGUAAGCAUGUCUUCAACAGUGAAUCUGAUUUUAAAUCUCAUAUGGAUGGUCACAGAAGUGGAUCUAUUUGCCCUGAUUCCGAUUCAGAAAGACUGCCUCAAAUGUCAGAUUUAGAAGAUCCUCCAUUGGUAUCUGAAAAGAACUUGCUGAGAUUACCUUUACAUUGUACAACUUGUAAUUAUGUCAUGACAACUCUCAGUGAUGCACAAAGCCAUCUCAGUACAAAUCCACAAUGCCGCACCUCUCAGUUCAAAUGUCAUUUGUGUCCCAAAAUAUUUAUUUGGCCUGCAACUCUAAUGAAACAUUUCCGUGAACAACAUGAAGGUCCAGGAGGGACAACAAGAGUUACACGAAGAUUAUGGUUCUUUUGUGAUGUAUGCAAAAAACCACUGCUUAGCAAGCAUGCUCUCAGUUUGCAUAGAAGUAAAUUUCAUGGACUCUCAUUUCAUCCUACUGCACAAGGUUCUAUGGAAAGUGCAGUAAAAUGCAAAAGAGGCCGAAAACAAGGCACUAGAGUAUGCAGAUUUUGUAAAAGAACUUUUACUACAGCUAUCGAUUACCACACACAUCUUCAAACUUUUCAUAGAAAUGUCAAUUCAUUUGACACUGCUUUGGAAUCGUCUCUGGACAUGAAUGAAUCUGUCUCCUCUAUGGAAAACGAAUCAAACUCAGCUCAAAGUGGAAAUUCAAGAAUGUGAAAUCCUUUUUGUUUUCUAUUUGUAUACCAGUAAUAUUGGUCUCAUUAUAAGUUAUCUAUAGAAAAUUUUCACUCUUAAUACAUUUAAAUAAUUAAGUGGAACUAUAACUUUGUCUAUUACUAUGAUUAUUCAAUUUAUUUAUGAGAUGAAGUUUGU